ACGUGCUUACACAAGUAGUGAAGAUGAUGACGAUUCGGUGGCCGAACAAAUGACUGAGGGUGAAAAGUAUCUUUAUGAAAAAUUAACGAAAAGUUUGAAUCCUACAAGGUUGCGUGUUCAAGAUGUUUCGGGUGGUUGUGGAUCCAUGUAUUCAAUAGAAAUAUCCUCCAGUCUGUUUAAAGGCCUUCCAAUUAUAAAGCAGCAUCGAAUG